UUGGUUAGUUUCGUGAAGUACUUACAUAUGGAUACAUAACAAAAAAAAAAAAGAAAAUUUAAAUGUGAUUUUAUAUGUCGUGAAAUAAAAUUAUCUCAAAAAUGGUUACCAAAUUUGAUCGAGAGAAAGUUGAACAACAACUUGUUUAUAUAUCUAUUAGUUUAGGAACUAUUUUUGCUUGCAUGAUAUAUACAAAUGGUGGAAAAAAUUGGUCAAUAUUAGGAAAACUAGAAUCACUAAUUCUACCAAUUGUAUUUGUGGGUCUUUUAGUUAAAGUGUGUAUGACAAAAUAUUACAGUAGAAAAGAAAAGGAUUUAUUAACACAGCAGAAAGCCAAACGAAAAAGCGUAUAUUUACCUCCUCGAGAAAUUGUUGGUGGAUUAAUACUUCAAUUAGUGUGCUGUUUAUUAUAUGCUUUUAUUUGCAUUAUAUUAGGUGCACCAGUUUUGCAAAACUAUGAAGAGACAUUCGUUUUAGCUUUGUUGUUAACUAUAACUACAGUAUCCCCAGCUGUUUUAAUAUUGGGGGGAAGCGGAGCUUUGCAACUAUGUUUUUGUGAAAAAGUGGAAUAUUAUUCAAAAAGUGACGAAAUUUCUUUAAAUAUUCACAAGUACGAAUUAAUGGGAACCUUGUUUGGGGCAUGGGCAGCAUCUGUUGUAUCUCCCUUAGAUUGGGAUAGAGAUUGGCAGGCUUAUCCAAUCCCAAAUGUAAUUGGAGCUUUACUGGGUAAUGCUAUUGGUAAUUUGAUAGUUUGGACGAAAGUCCUGUUUUCAACAGCAAAAGUAUUUUUUAAAAAAACUAAGUAGUUAUGUUUUUAUAUUGUUUUUCAUAAAAUAAUUAUAACCUGAUAAAAAAUUAAUGUAUCCCAUCCUUUUUUUUAAAUCUUAUCAAUUUUAUAAAUCCAUUAAAAAAAAUAUCAUCUUCUAGUCAUUAAAAAAAGUAU